GGAAGGCCGAAGGGAAGGACGUGGAGAGGACCCCCGAGAUGGCCAAGCCAGCCUUCACCACAGACCUCCUGACCACAGCCAUGGGGCGGCUGGUGCCGUGGGCCAAAUCUGGCCCGCCCAGCGACCGCACGCAGCCGCCGGUCACCCCUGUGCUGGGUUUCCAGACCGAUCUCGGUGCCUCGGGCCCAGCCACCACCGACGCGUUUUCCGGUGGCACCCCGGGCACGGCAGCUGCCCCCACCGCACAACCAGAAGCGACCACGCCCAGGAGGGUGUCCGGCAAGGAGGAGGAGACAGCCACCAGCACCAUCAAGACCACCACCGUCUUCACGUCCAUCCUGGGUGCAGGUCCUUGCAGCUGGAACCUCACUGGCCCCAAAGGUUCGCUGGCCUCUCCCCUCCCCUCUGGCAUCCCGUACGAAGGGGGGACCCUCGACUGCACCUACACCAUCUCUGUGUACCCUGGUUAUGGCGUCGAGAUCCGGGUCCAGAACAUCAGCCUUGCAGAAGGAGAGACCGUCACCGUGGAGACGCUGGGGGGCGUAGAGCCCGUUGCCCUGGCCAACGAGUCGUUCCUGAUGCGCGGGCAGGUGAUCCGCGGCCCGACCAAUCAGGUCGUGGUGCGCUUCCAGAGCCCAUCUCCCGCCAACCCAGGGAGCUUUCAUUUCCGGUUCGAAGCCUACCUGCUCAGCUGUGCGUUCCCCACACGCCCACCCUACGGGGAGGUCUCUGUCACCAGCGUCCACCCGGGUGGCCACGCCUGCUUCUCCUGCGCCACCGGCUACCAGCUCCAGGGCCAGCAAUGCCUCACCUGCCUCAACGCCACCCACCCCUUCUGGAGCGCCCGGGAGCCCACCUGCGUCGCAUCUUGCGGCGGGGUGAUCCGGAACGCCACGACCGGGCGCAUCGUCUCGCCGGGCUACCCUGCCAACUACAGCAACAACCUGACCUGCCAUUGGCUGCUGGAGGCUCCCCAAGGACAGCGGCUGCACCUCCAUUUUGAGAAGGUCUCCUUGGCCGAGGAUGACGACAGGCUAAUAAUCCGGAACGGGAACGACAUUGAGGCUCCGCCCGUGUACGACUCGUACGAAGUGGAAUACCUGCCCAUCGAGGGUCUGGUCAGCAGCGCGAGGGGCUUCUUCAUUGAGCUGACCACCGACAGCAGCGGGGUGGCAGCCGGCAUGGCCCUGCGCUACGAGGCCUUUGAACCCGGUCACUGCUAUGAGCCAUUCGUCAAGUACGGGAACUUCACCACCAGCGACGUGACGUACGCCGUGGGCACCACUGUGGAGUUUGCCUGCGAGGCAGGAUACACCCUGGAGCAAGGCUCCGUCAUCAUCGAGUGCGUGGAUCCCACCAACCCCCAGUGGAACGAGACAGAGCCGGCCUGCCGAGCCGUGUGCAGCGGGGAGAUCACGGACGCCGCUGGGGUGGUUUUGUCCCCCAACUGGCCGGAGCCCUAUGGGAAGGGCCAGGACUGCAUCUGGGGUCUCCACGUGGAAGAGGACAAGCGGAUCAUGCUGGACAUCCAAGUGUUGCGCCUUGGCAAAGGAGACGCGCUGACUUUCUAUGACGGGGACGACUUGACGGCCCGGAUCCUAGGCCAAUAUUCCGGCCCCCACCGGCGGUUCAAGCUGUACACCUCCAUGGCUGACGUCACCAUCCAGUUUCAGUCGGACCCAGGGAGCAGCGCCUUGGGCUAUCAGAAUGGCUUCAUCAUCCAUUUUGCAGAGGUUCCCCGGAACGACACCUGCCCUGAGCUCCCCGAGAUCCCCAACGGCUGGAAGACCAUGUCCCACCCGGAGCUGGUCCACGGCACCGUGGUCACUUACCACUGCUACCCCGGCUACGAGCUGGUGGGCACCGAGCUCCUGAUGUGCCACUGGGACCUGAUGUGGAGCGGGGACCUGCCUUCCUGCCAGCAAGUGACCACCUGCCGGGACCCGGGAGAUGUGGACCACAGCCGGCGCAUGGUUUCUGAGAACAAGUUCCCCGUGGGCUCCACCGUCCAGUUCAUCUGUGACAAGGGAUACGCCCUGGCGGGCAGCGGCGAGAUCACCUGCCACGACCGGCAGGCCGGAGGUCCGAAGUGGAGCGACCGUCUCCCCAAGUGCAUUCCGGAGGUCUACGAGCCUUGCCACAACCCAGGCAGCCCCGACCACGGGGCACAGAACCCCGAGAAAAGGCUCUACCAGGCCGGGGCGAGCCUGCGCUUCUCCUGUGCCAAGGGUUACGUGCUCCUGGGCGACGCCAGCCUCCGCUGCGUGCCCGGCCACCCUUCCCAAUGGAGCAGCUCUCCCCCACUCUGCAAAGCGGCCUCCUACGAUGAGUUUUAUACCAAUCGCAACUUGGAUGCCGUGGCCAAAGUGGCCCCCGCUGGAGACCCCCUGCAGGGCAGCAACGUGGCUUUUGCCAUCUUCCUGCCGGUGGCCGCCGUGGGACUCCUCCUCGGCGCGGUCUACCUGUACAUCUCCAGACACCAAGGGAAGCCGUCGCUGCAGCUGCCCCUCUCGGGCUCCCACCCCUACGAUCACAUCACAGUGGACUCGGCCUUCGACAACCCCACCUACGAGACCGGAGUAAGUGCCAACUCCCUCCCUUUUAUGAGCGCAGAGAAAUGCGGAAUCCCUCGUUCACGCGGGGCAGGGUUAACCUGCGGAACUCCCUCCCACAGGAGGCAGGGGUGGCCACCAACUUGGGUGGCUCCGGAAGAGGGUCGGGCAAAUUGA